GGAAGUUUACAUUUUUUUGCCACUGUGUGCAGGAUGGGAAGCUUAGCCGCUGUUCUUUAAAAGUGCACCAUGGGUAACACAGAGAGUGUGGUGGUGCAGAAGCGACUGGCCCGAUUUCGCCCUGAUGAGCGGCCUGUGGUGGAGGGGGUCUUCGACAGGCUCCAGGGCAGUGCUGGGGGCCCUUCUGGAGCCCCAGGGAAGACUGUAACUCUUGAGAUGCUGCAGUCCUCUAUGGGCAGCCUGGCACCAGACUCCAUGGUGACGAGGGUCUAUCAGUGCAUGUGUAGUAUUGACCCUGGAUUGGAAGGACCUGCAGCUUCUGGGAAGACCUGCACCUCUGCUGCUUCUGGAGUAGGUAGAGAGCAAUUGAUCAUCUUUCUAGCAGACACCCUAAGAGGGACUGCAGAAGAACGGGCUCCACUCGUCAUGGCCAUGUCUCAGCAUGGAGCAGUUGUUGUCAUGUGUGAGCAGGUAGCGGAGUUCCUCCAGGACCUGAUUUCUACUGUAAUUCAGAUUCUGAUCCACAGAGGGCGCCUGCAGGCCUGGAAGCCAGAGAGAAUGGGUGAUGGCUCCCUGGGUGUCAAACUCCUGGCAGAGCAGAUGUGUUCAGAACUCAAACCCUCAGAUCAGGGAGGUUGUGAUGUUUCCUGUCUAGAAGACUGGAUCUUCAGGAACUCCCAGGUUUCUUUGUACCUGGAGAUGCUGGUAGCUGAGGGCCUAAACGUGUCACUGAGUGGCCGUCCAGCCCCGACCCUGCUGCCCCCCUGCCGGGAGACGCCCUGGAAGGAUCUGAGGUGUCUGCUGGACAUUCCCACUCUAAUGUUUCUGGCACCACAGUUGCCAGACAGCUACAGCGCCCCCUGGAGACUAGUAUUUUCUACACGGCUGCAUGGGGAGAGCUUCACCAGGAUGGUGACCGGCCUGUCGAAGUGUGGACCCACCCUGCUGCUUAUCAGAGACACAAAGGGGCAUGUUUUUGGGGGCUUCGCUUCCCACGCCUGGGAAGUCAAACCUCAGUUUCAGGGUGACUCCAGAUGCUUCCUGUUCACUGUGUCCCCCAGACUGAGGGUUUAUACAGCAACAGGAUACAAUGGACACUUCAUGUACCUCAACCAGAACCAGCAGACCAUGCCCAAUGGACUGGGUAUGGGCGGUCAGCACGGCUACUUCGGCCUGUGGCUGGACAGUGAUUUUGGUCAUGGUCAUAGUCGUGCACGGCCCAAAUGCACCACCUAUGGCAGCCCUCAGCUCUCUGGAGAGGAGGACUUCACCCUGGACUCAAUGGAAGUGUGGGCGGUUGGAAAACCCCCAGAACCAGAGGAGGGUGAAGAAGGAGUGGGCAAGAAGAGCAUCCUGGAUGCUGAUCUGGAGGUCCAGGCCAUGAUGGAGAUGACAGGGAAGACUCUCCACAGUCAGGGCCUCAGGGAGCCAGAGGAAGACCAGGAUGAGUGAGGGGUAGCAGGGAGAUCCAUCAAAAGAAUCUUAACAUAUUGAGACUGUUGGUCCGCCUGGUCCUGACACAAGUUGGGGUUUAAUCAUCUCUGUAUACAAUAUAGUGAUAUAAAAUUUCUCUUACCCUGCCUUUCAUUCAGCUCGGACCCUUUGACAUGCAAAAUACAGCUUCUUUUAAUGACACACAAUGCUAAAGUCGUUCUUAUAAUCCUAUUAGGCCUAUUAAAGAUGGCUUUGGCUAUGGAAUAUGCCACCACAACAUAAACAAGGACUAGACACUAGAUCUAAAGGCAGCUUAAAAGUGGUCUGUAAAGUCUCAUGUAGCCCAUUUACACACAACUGAAAGCUACCAGUGUGCUGAAAUUAUCCUCAAAGUCUGGGUUCAAAGGAGGUAAGAAUCCCCUGAGCACAUUUUAAGUAUGCUUCAGUAUUUAAAAAAUCUUUAGGUUCAAGAAACAAAAACUGAUAUACAGUCAUGGAAAAAAAAUAUAUUAGAGCGCCCUUUCUUUUUCUUCAAUUUCUUGUUCAUUUUAAUGCCUGGUUCAACUAAAGGUACAUUUUACGUGGUGUCCUUGUUAAUGCUUUUGGUUAUUAUCAAGAAAACCAUAGAAAAAAAAUCUAGAUAUCAGCUCUUAAAUUAAACUCUUAUGAGCUAUUUUGGUUGUUAUCGUUAUAAUUUUUCCAAACAAAUGUACCUUUAGUUGUACCAGGCAAGAAAAUAAAGAAAGGGUGUUCUAAUCAUUUUUUCCAUGACUGUAUGCCUGUUAGUCAGUCUCUAUGUAGGUGGUUCACCUUCUGAGCCACUAUAUGUUUAUGUCAACUUGUGACUAAUGACAUGAUCCUUUAUAAGUGGUUUAACUAUCUGAGAAGCUUAGGAGUUAUUCAGGGAAUUUCAUGACAACAAGAGGAGAGAUUAACAGUUUAUUUAAAUACCACGAUUCAAAAUACUUUGCCUCUUCUCAUACUAACAGCUAUGGAUAUGUUUCAUGAAUCAUGAUUUUGUAUUAUGUAUUUUGUGUUCAAGGUCUAUUGCUGGACCACCAACAUGAUGACUGAGGCAUUAGAUGAGAGGCUGGACUGAUUAGCAUAUUGUGGUAUUUUCUGGGGGCAAAUCUACAGCAUGGAGAAAAAUGUCUGUAAAUUGUAUUAUUAUAUCAUUAUUAUAGACCUGUAUUGUCCAUGGAACUACAUCCAAAUCAACAGGUGUGUGGUAAAGCAUGAGAUGAACAAAGUCUCAUACAGUGUAGAAGUGAUUCACUAUAGCAUCAUAUUUUGACAGUUUAGCUGCUUUUUGGCUGAUUAACCCUCCUGUUAUGUUUGUUUCUCAGGAACAGCUAUAAUAUUCAUGGGUCAGUUUGACCAGGGGCAUGUUAAAAAGUUCAAAAGUUUCAGAAACUAAAAAAUCACAAUAAACAUUGUUUAUUCAUGUGAAAACUUUUUUAUGAACAUUGGAAAGACCUACAUAUAAAGUAAAAUGGUUUUACUUGACAUUGAUUUUUAAAAUUUUAUUUUACAUUUAAAAUGUUUAUCUUUUUAUGAAAAAAUACUUUUAACUAUUAUUUUUUAGAUUUUAAAACUUUGAAAUGGGUCAAUUUGACCUGUAAGAUAACAGGAGGGUUAAAAGUACCGUAAAAUAUCACAGAAAACCCCAGUAAAAGAGGAGUUCGGGGCUUGAAAUGUACUAAAUAUGUUCCUGUAGCACAGUAAUAGGACAAAUGAACACUAAGUAAUUGGAACCACAAUUAUCUGGUUAUUUUGUACAAUUGUGCAGCACUGAAGCUUAUUGCUGCAAUCGUUUUAAUUGUCAUGGAUUCGCGUUGGACGUGUGUGUGUGUUUGUGUGUGUGUGUGUGUGUGUGUGUGUUUGUGUGUGUGUGCGUAUGGUGAAAACUUUAUUACAGUGUUGCUUGUAUUAAAGUUCGAGUGGGCCUGGAGGAUGCAACUACUUUCACUUGUGUUUCUCAGUUGCUUAGUUUGUGUGUCUUUUAUUUGAUCAUGUCUGACUUUGCCAGACAGGCUGCACAAUGUUGGCAUCAACAUAAAUGAGAUAGAUCUUCACUCUACUAAUACAAACACCAGGCCAGAGACUGAAAGGCAACUCUGUAUUCAUCCCCCUCCUCCUCUUCUGUUCUGCCACCAUGCAAAUUACUGAGGCAAGUUACAAAUGCAAAUCUCUUAUAUAAUCUUACAGUAAUUCACACAGUGGCAUGGUCUGCAAGGUUCCAUAAAGAAUGUUUAUACUUGUCUUUAUAUUUGUGUAUUAAAAUGAUUUUAUUAUUUAAUUCCCAGAUAUGUGAAUAUACUUUGAGCUCAGGUUAACCUCAGUAGAUACUCUUCAUUACAUUUAUGUUACCCCAGCUAGAUAAAAUGCUGUUUAUAACAAGUACAUAUAGCGUAUGGAUGGUCACCCUCUAUCUGUUAUUAUGCUAAUAAAUCAAUAAAUAAAUCAAACUUUA